ACAGACUACUACCAUGGACAUUUUCUCCAUAUUAGUGUUCGGUAGGGAAGGCAAAGAGAAGGAAAGGAAAUUGAAGCAAUCCUCUUCUCCCUCGUGAAAUCUCAUCUCUCUCGGCUAAGAUGGCAAUGCGUUAUUACGGAUGGAAGAGCUUCGACGAGGACGAGGAUCGGCCGGAUAAGCCCCGUCGAUUUGGAGUCACCGAGAUGAGAGGCCCCAAUUACAACCUCCUCAGCCAAAAUUUCCUUCAAGACAUUUUUGAGUCAAUGGGACAGUUUGUUGAUGGCUUAAAGUUCUCUGGAGGUUCUCAUAGCUUGAUGAACAAGUCUUUUAUUAAAGAAGUGAUUGACAUGGCUCACCGACAUGAUGUGUAUGUCAGUACUGGAGACUGGGCUGAACAUAUGAUCCGUAAGGGUCCGUCCGCUUUCAAGGAAUAUGUUGAGGAAUGCAAAAACAUGGGAUUUGACACAAUUGAGUUAAAUGUUGGAUCACUUGGAGUUCCUGAAGAAACUCUAUUGAGAUAUGUGCGCUUGAUUAAGAGUGGUGGUUUAAAGGCCAAGCCUCAAUUUUCAGUCAAGUUUAACGAGUCUGACAUCCCUGCUGGUGGUGAUAGAGCAUUUGGGGCAUAUGUUGCCCCAACACCUCGAACAAAUGAGCUUGUCGAAGAUGUAGAUCUCUUGAUCAGACGGGCUGAAAGAUGCUUAGAAGCUGGGGCAGACGUUAUAAUGAUUGAUGCUGAUGAUGUCUGCAAACAUGCAGAGUCUAUGCGAUCAGACAUAAUUGCAAAGGUCAUUGGGCGUCUCGGGCUUGAGAGGACCAUGUUUGAGGCAUCAAAUGCAAGAACCUCGGAGUGGUUUAUCAGACGUUAUGGACCCAAGGUUAACCUCUUUGUGGAUCACUCGCAAGUAAUGGAUUUAGAGUGCUUCCGAGGGCGUAACUUGGGUAAAAAUCAUGCUUCAGUCCUUGGUUCCUCAUAUUUUCUCUUUUGAACUGGUGCAUAUUGUAGAGUUGUGCCCCUGCCUUGGGAGAACUGAUUAUAUCAAUGUUGUAGUUUUGGGAUGUUUGUUCUAAAAUAAAAAAGAAAAUUUAUAAGUGUGUGUGGUAUCUUAUGAGAACUUUUAAAGCUUGCCAAGUAUGUGGAUUGGUGUUCACUUAUGUAUUUGAAUUAGUCUAUGGCCAAUGUUUCUUUGUCCUAAACUUGUCCUCCUUGCAUCCUG